GCCGCGGAGCGCCGGGGCGGUGAGAGCGGCGCGGCGUAGAGUGCUGGCGGGCUUCGCGGGGACACGGAGCGGACUCGGCCGGCGCCCGGUGAUGGGAUCGCCGCCUGCAGCCAUGACCCACGCCGCUUGCCCCCGGGUUUCGGCCCCGGACGUCUGAUACCCCGCACAGUCGCGUGCAGCAGCGGGAGCGGCGGCCACUGCCCCCUCCGUCGCCCUUGGCGCCUUAUCGCACUCCCUUCCCAGGAGCUGGGAGCAGCGCGGGCAGCCGGCGCCCCGGUGCAAACUGGGGGUGUCUGCUAGAGCAGCCCUCCCCGCCGCCGCUGCUGCCCGGGGCCCUGGCCAUGGCCUGGCUGGGCACGGGGCCGAGCGUCCCGGGGGCGCCUGGAGGUGUCGGGCUCAGGCUGGGGCUGCUGUUGCUGCUGCAGUUGCUCCUGCAGCCAGCCCUGGGCUUCGGGGACGAGGAGGAGCGGCGCUGCGACCCUAUCCGCAUUUCCAUGUGCCAGAACCUGGGCUACAACGUGACCAAGAUGCCCAACCUGGUGGGGCACGAGCUGCAGACAGACGCCGAGCUGCAGCUGACAACUUUCACGCCGCUUAUCCAGUACGGCUGCUCCAGCCAGCUGCAGUUCUUCCUUUGUUCGGUCUAUGUGCCGAUGUGCACAGAGAAGAUCAACAUCCCCAUUGGCCCAUGCGGUGGCAUGUGUCUUUCAGUCAAGAGACGAUGUGAACCAGUCCUGAAAGAAUUUGGAUUUGCCUGGCCGGAGAGCCUGAACUGCAGCAAGUUCCCACCUCAGAAUGACCACAACCAUAUGUGCAUGGAAGGGCCAGGUGAUGAAGAGGUGCCCUUACCUCACAAAACCCCCAUCCAGCCAGGGGAAGAGUGUCACUCUGUGGGAACCAAUUCUGAUCAGUAUAUCUGGGUGAAGAGGAGCCUGAACUGUGUCCUCAAGUGUGGCUACGAUGCUGGCCUGUACAGUCGCUCAGCUAAGGAGUUCACCGAUAUUUGGAUGGCAGUGUGGGCUAGCCUGUGCUUCAUCUCUACUGCCUUCACUGUGCUGACCUUCCUGAUCGAUUCUUCCAGGUUUUCUUACCCUGAACGCCCCAUCAUAUUUCUCAGUAUGUGCUAUAAUAUUUAUAGCAUUGCUUAUAUUGUUCGGCUGACUGUAGGCCGGGAAAGGAUAUCCUGCGAUUUUGAAGAGGCAGCAGAACCUGUUCUUAUCCAAGAAGGACUUAAGAACACAGGAUGUGCAAUAAUUUUCUUGCUGAUGUACUUUUUUGGAAUGGCUAGCUCCAUUUGGUGGGUUAUUCUGACACUCACUUGGUUUUUGGCAGCAGGACUCAAGUGGGGGCAUGAAGCCAUUGAAAUGCACAGCUCUUAUUUCCACAUUGCAGCCUGGGCCAUCCCUGCGGUGAAAACCAUUGUCAUCUUGAUUAUGAGACUAGUGGAUGCAGACGAACUGACUGGUUUGUGCUAUGUUGGGAACCAAAACCUCGAUGCUCUCACUGGCUUUGUGGUGGCCCCGCUCUUUACAUAUCUGGUGAUUGGAACUCUGUUUAUUGCUGCCGGUUUGGUGGCCUUGUUCAAAAUUCGGUCAAAUCUUCAAAAAGAUGGGACAAAGACAGACAAGUUAGAAAGGCUGAUGGUGAAGAUUGGGGUGUUCUCAGUACUGUACACGGUUCCUGCAACCUGUGUGAUUGCCUGUUAUUUCUAUGAAAUCUCCAACUGGGCACUCUUUCGCUAUUCUGCAGAUGACUCUAAUAUGGCAGUUGAAAUGUUGAAAAUUUUUAUGUCUUUGCUUGUGGGCAUCACUUCAGGCAUGUGGAUUUGGUCUGCCAAAACUCUUCACACGUGGCAAAAAUGUUCUAAUAGAUUGGUGAAUUCUGGGAAGGUAAAGAGAGAGAAGAGAGGGAAUGGUUGGGUGAAGCCUGGGAAAGGCAGUGAAACUGUGGUAUAAGACUAGCUAGCCUCCACAUGAUCCUCAUUCUGAAGGAAAUGCCGGUGUUUCUCUGGAAAUGCUACUAAGAAUUUUGUGCAGUGACUCUGGAAUUUGAACAAACUAGCAACACUUAAGUGAUCCCCAUCAAUCAGCACCCCUCACCCGCACCUAGCAUCAUAAAAUCAAUGAUUUUGCUGGAGACUUUGGAAUGAUCCAAAAUGGAAAAGCCCGUGAGAGGCUUUCAAAGCUGUGAAAAAUCAAAAUGUUGAUCACUUUAGCAGGUCGCAGCUUGGAGCGUGGAGGUCUUGCCUAAAAUCCAAGAGGGCCGGCAAGAUGCUGUUUUCCCCUACGAGGUGGGAUUUCAGCUGUGACUUGGUAAUCUGCAGGGAGAAAGAUUAUUUUUUUAACUCUUUUAAAUUUUAAAUACUAACUAGGUCUUUCAGAUAGCAAAGUGAUCUAUAAACACUGGAAACGCUGGGUUCGGAGAAGUGUUACAGAGUUUUAUAGUUUGGCUGGUCUAACAUAAACAUCUUUGUGGUGUACUGUCUGCUGUUUAGAACUUUGUGGAUUGCACUCCCAAGAGGUAGUGUCAAAAUCCUUCAGUGCCUUUGUCAUAAAACAGAAUUGUUUGAACAAACAAAAGUACUCUACUAACACACAUAAGGUAUCCAGUGGAUUUUUCUCUCUUCUCCUCUCUUAAAAUUUUAACAUCCCUGUUCCAGGCUGCUGCUGUUUCCUUCACUUUACACUAAUGAUUCAAAAAAAAAAAAAAAAAAAAAAAAAAGGUAUUUUUAUAGGAAUUUUUGCACUGCAGCAUGCCUAAUGAGGGGAAAAGGAAAGGUGAUUCACUUUCUGACAAUCACUUAAUUCAGAGGAAAAUGAGAUUUACUAAGUUGACUUACCUUACUCACCCCAGAGACCUAUUGCAUUAAGCAAUGGGGACUUAAUAUAUUUUACUUCGUGUGAUUGCAUCUAUGCAGACGCCAGUCUGAAAGAACUGAAAUGUUAAAUUUCUUGGCAACUUUGCAUUCACACAGAUUAACUGUGUAAUUUGUGUGUGUCAAUUACAAUUAAAAGCACAUUCUUGGACUAUGACAUAGUACACUCUAUUGACUUUAAAACUAUGGUCAACUUGUAUUCUUAAAAUGAUAGUGCCUUUUCCCCCCUACCAUAAGAAUGUUAUCAGAGUUUGGUCUACUUACCACAAUGGAGACUUAUUCCGUUUUGUAAAGGGAACUAAGGACAGCGGAUCCACAUAUUUGGUGCAUAAUUGUUCCCUAGUAAUUGGCAAAGGCUCCUUAUAUGAUUUCAUUGGAGGCGGUGGGGCCUGGAGUAUUUAUAUGGUGCUUAAUGAAUCUCCAGAAUGCUGGUAAGAAGCUGGACUGGUUAGCAGGGAAUAAAGUGUAGACCAUAUGAAAUUAACUGCAAAGUCUAACAGCUCAGGCCUUAAUUGCCUUUGCUGAGGUAUCCAAAGCUUUUAAAAUUUAUGCUUUAAGCUCCUCACAAGGAGGUACCCCCUAGCAACCUAUCAAAAGUUGCAGUUCUUUUAACAUUGUAACUGGCCUUUCUCUUAACCUGCCUUGGGCCUUGUAAUCGCCAGAUCUCUGGCAAACUGUUGUCUGUGUGUCACAAGUUGCUCUCCUUAUAAUUCAUGUGUGUGCCUCAGCAGCUGCUUUUCAAUGAUUAUUUAUUAAUUUCAUGUUUUUUCUUUUUAUUAAGAAAGCUCUUUUUUUUCUCUCUCUCAUACUUUGUGGAGGAGAAAUAUUAACAGGGACUCCAAAUAGAUAAUCAAAUUUUAGAAAAAAAAAUAUAUAUGGGUUGAGCUUUAUGUCUGUGAUUUGACAUUUUCUUUUUCCCCACCUCCUUGCUUUUUUGUGUUAUUUAGCUGUCUGAGAUCAAGAUGCAUAUAAGGCCUAUUGUGUAUUUAGAAGGACUUUUGAGAUUGAUGGCUACAUGGGCUAGGGUAGCCCCUGCUGAUUUAUGAAGCCCGAGUACCUAGACUGCCCGAAGGGUAGGGCUCCAGGAGCAUGAGAACUGAUCCCUGGAAGGGCCAGUUUAUCUCCUGAGAUCAAGUUGUCUACAAAAUAUAAAAUGUACACGUCCUGUGCCGCUUGCAGACUGUUCCCAUAGCUGUCCUGGGCCCUGGAGCAUGCAUCCAGAGGCAAAGCCUGCCCUUACUCACGCUCUGCUCUGGUGUCUUGGGAGUUGUGAAGUGAUUCUAGCCCAGGAAAGGGAAGGAGGACCAUGCGGUGAAGGACUGCUUUUGCUGUUAUGGGGUUUGUAAUACAGUUUUGUGUGUAGUGCUUCAGUGAUCGUGUUGUGUGACAACACCCUUCAGUGAUCUGGGGAACAGUAGGAUUUUAGUAUGUAUCAGUGUUUUAGUAAUAAUCAUAGCAGCAAGCACUUGCAUGACCCUGGCCACCUUCAUUCUGAGUUCUGGAGCUUGUAUCUUGACAACUUUUGGGGUUGGUUCCACCUAUCACUUGCCUUUUGAGGGCAAGGUAUAUUUGAGCAGAAGGGGCUGUCAGUACAGAAUGGAUUAGUAGUUAAUGUCAUAGGGUCAUAGGCCUUCCCUUUCAGGUUCCAGGCAAUGGAGAAUGUUUCUGGUUUCAGGAAAGAAAGAUUGUGGCUGUGGAGUCAGUUACCAGUGACCUUCUAGCUUCUCAGUCCCUUCUUAAAAUUGUACUUGUUUUUAAGGAAAGAGUUAUCAGCACGUAAGUAUUGAGUGCCAACUGGGUAAAGCCCCAUGUUAAAUGUUUUAGGAAGGCCAUAGGAGAUAAGCUCUGUUCUUCUCAUGGAUGCAAGGCAGGAAAAAAUGGUUCUCCUGACUUCACUGUUGGUUCUGUGUAGGAGCAGCAGCCUUUGGAAUUCAUAUGUUUCACUAUAUCCUUCCCACAAGUUUCUUUCUAGGUCUCUCUACCUUGACCACAUCUCUCCUUUCCUUAGAUUCCUUUCAAAUUAAUGACAGAAACAUCAGCUCUGCUUCAUGGCAAUCUCCAUAGAAAUUCCCUCGGAUACAAAAUAGCUAUAAGGACAUGAGCUCCAGUAUCUACGAUGACUUGAGGGGUAGGUAGGUUAGGGCUUGGGGUGCCCCAUGUGACUUAUGUCAGUAUAUUUGAAGGCAGCAGCAUGCUGAGGGAAACGUUAGGUUUGUUUUGUUUUCUUUUGGAUCUAGAAUAAGUAGAUGUGAUGGUAGCUUUCAAUAAAAAUUCCAAGCCCCCAGAUGCCUUAUUAAGCAAUGCUAAGGAUACUUCUGCCCAACCACCUCUUUUGCCUUCCUUCAUAAAAGCCAAACUUCAGGGCAGAGGAACGGGGUGUAGGGUAGAAGGGGCCAGAACCGUCUGGUUCAGCUACUUGGUUGAUCAUAUCUUUCUUCCGUUAUGGUGACCCAUUUCCUGGUUGCUGAGAUGGCUUCUGGGCUGGCAUCUUGCCCAGAGGCCUGAAACAGGAGAAGGGUGACACUCUGUUUCCUGAGAUGGUCACUGACUUUCUUUUCCCCAUCAUUUCCUCACUUACACUCCUUAAACCCAGAACCUGAGAAACUUCCUCAUCAAAUUCAGAAUCACCAUCCAAUCUAACACCUCCAGCUAUGUACUCUAACAAAGUCUGUGAUUUUUGUACUGAGAGUCAGGCCUGGACAUAGGACACCAAGAUGAACUUGACAUCCUCAGCCUGGAAAGAGCAGGCAUAAUUGAAAGGGAUUUCAACAAUAUAACAGUCCUGGGCCUCUGCUACGGGGACUACAGUAGCAGUUUGGAAGGGGAGCCAGAGGGCACAGACUUUUGAAGGAACCUCUUAUGACCAGUGGAUAGUCUGAAUUCUAUUCUGUGAUGGAGGGUAUUGGGGAGAGUUGCUAUUGCUGCCAGUCCUGAUAGUCCCUGGACUUGGAUGGUGCGCUUACUUCUUUUAUUAUAUUUGAAUUCAGAGUUCCUGUCUGGGUUUACAGUUAUGUCUAGCAAAGGACCUAGAUUAUUAUUUUCCCUCCAUGCCUAGGUCACAGAUCUUGAACACUCCUGAGAGAGCAUUUUGCUCCUACCAAGGAUUGGAUACUAAAGCCUGAAUCAAUAUUUUAUUUCACUGGCUCCAGGACAGAGCUCUCUGUAACUGCCUUUUCUCCAUGCAGAUUGUGCAAUAAUGGUGCACUUGACCAAGAGGGAAAUAUACCAUGAAUUUCCCUGGCAUGCCUCUCCUCUAGCAAGUCCAUUUGCCCUGGUAGUAGCUUGUUUCUGUUUCUCAUUUGCCUUAUUUCUUAUCUUAGCAUCAGCCAAUUCCUAAUACUCACCCAGACAAUUUGUAGAGGGUCUCUUUGGAGUCCCAUGUGAGCCACGUCCUCAGGGCUUUUGGGCCUCCUUGAUCUCUCGCAAUACUCAGUACAUGAGCACAAUCAUCCCAGGAGGCUUCUGAAGAGUGAUGAGACCAGAGUUUCCAGAGAAGGUUGGGUCUAUCUUUCUUCCCAGGCUGUGCAAAUUUCCAAAUCCUGGAAAUUUAAUAGGCUCAGGCUCUGACUUGGCUGUUGGCAUGGAGACAGACAGGUAAGCUGCUUUCUCGACCUCUCCUAGUGGGCAUCUAGGUCUUCUGAAUUUCUUCUACCUCACAGAGAUGUUGUGAGGCUUUAGAAGGUCUAGAAGGUCUAAGGAUGAUGGCCCCUUGAGCUCUUCAUAAUAAAGAUGAACUAAGCACCAGGUGCAGUCUACAAAUAGAUGCAAUAAUGAUUUGACUUGCUCUGCACAGCAGAUUACCUUGUUGCUCUUUGGCCUUUUCUUGGAUUCUUGUGCUUCUCCACAGCUUCAGAAACCUGGAGACAACCGGAGGAUUUUCAGAUGCUUGACACAGAGGUACCAGGAAAGACCCUGUUACACAUGCCCUGAAUAUACUGAAUUUCAAAGGAAAUGGACCCUCUUUUUAAGGGUAUAUAAAAGUAUGUCUGCAUUGAUGUCUGUACUGUAAAUUUCUAAUUUAUCACUGUACAAAAAAUCUUGCUAUUUAAUUUUUGUAUUAAAGGAAAAUAAAGUGUUUUGUUUAUUAAC